AGAGAGAGAGAGAGCAGUGAACUGUUGGAAACUACUCGACUGACUGUCUGACAGGCUGACUGACUGACUGUUGUCUGUUCUCCACGUCGCUGCAGCCUCUUCUUCCUCGCAUUGUAUGAAAACGGACAGCGAGUCUUCAGUCGCUCCACAGAGGUUUGUGGUGCUCCUCUUUAGAGUUUCCUGCUGUUAUAUGGUAACACAGACCUGAAGGAAAGAGGGUGUUGAAGAUGGCAGUGUGGAUCCAGGCCCAGCAGCUCCAGGGAGAUGCUCUGCACCAGAUGCAGUCUCUGUACGGUCAGCACUUCCCCAUCGAGGUGCGACAUUAUCUGUCCCAGUGGAUAGAGGGCCAGCUCUGGGAUACCAUAGACCUGGAGAACCCACAAGAGGAGUUCAAGGCCAAACGGCUACUGGACAGUCUGAUCCAGGAGCUGCAGAACAAGGCCGAGCACCAGGUGGGAGAGGAUGGCUUCCUACUCAAAAUCAAACUGGGACACUACGCCAGCCAGCUCAAGAGCACGUAUGACCGAUGUCCUCUGGAGUUGGUCCGAUGCAUCAAACACAUCCUCUACACAGAGCAACGGCUCGUCAGAGAGGCCACCAAUUCGAGCUCUCCGGUAGGCGGGAUGAUGGACAGCAUGUCUCAGAAAUACCAACAGAUCAACCAAGCUUUUGAGGAGCUUCGCCUGCUGACCCAGGACACUGAGAACGACCUGCGUAAGCUCCAGCACAACCAGGAGUACUUCAUCAUCCAGUACCAGGAGAGCCUCCGCAUCCAGGCUCAGCUGACCAGCCUGUCCACGCUGCCCCCUGCUGACCGACAGCUACGGGAGCCCGCCCUUCUCAGCAAGAGAGCCACUGUGGAGGCAUGGCUGACCAGAGAGGCCAACACACUACAGAAAUACAGACUGGACCUGGCAGAGAAGCACCAGAAAACACUGCAGCUGUUGAGGAAGCAGCAGACCAUCAUUCUGGAUGACGAGCUGAUCCAGUGGAAGAGACGGCAACAGCUGGCAGGCAACGGGGGCCCGCCGGAGGGAGGCCUGGACAUCCUGCAGUCCUGGUGUGAGAAGCUGGCAGAAACUAUCUGGCAAAACAGGCAGCAGAUUCGGAGGGCAGAGCACCUCAGACAGCAGCUGCCCAUCCCCGGCCCCAUUGAAGAGCUCCUCAACGAACUCAACAGUACUAUCACAGAUAUCAUCUCAGCAUUGGUCACCAGCACCUUCAUCAUUGAGAAACAGCCUCCACAGGUGCUAAAAACCCAAACCAAGUUUGCCGCUACAGUACGCCUCCUAGUGGGCGGGAAGUUGAACGUACACAUGAACCCUCCGCAGGUGAAAGCCACCAUCAUUAGUGAACAGCAAGCCAAGGCCCUGCUGAAGAACGAGAACACAAGGAAUGACAGCAGUGGAGAAAUUCUCAACAAUAACUGUGUGAUGGAGUACCACCAGACUACAGGCACUCUCAGCGCCCACUUCAGGAACAUGUCUUUGAAGAGGAUUAAGCGGUCGGACAGACGAGGAGCCGAAUCUGUCACAGAAGAGAAGUUCACCAUUCUGUUCGAGUCCCAGUUUAGUGUCGGAGGCAACGAGCUCGUCUUUCAAGUGAAGACGUUAUCACUACCUGUAGUGGUGAUAGUUCACGGUAGCCAAGACAAUAACGCCACAGCAACUGUUUUGUGGGACAAUGCUUUUGCAGAGCCGGGACGGGUGCCUUUCCUCGUGCCAGACAAGGUGCUUUGGCCUCAGCUGUGUGACGCCAUCAACAUGAAGUACAAGGCGGAGGUGCAGAGUAACCGAGGCCUGUCGGAGGAAAACCUGGUCUUCCUGGCUCAAAAGGCCUUCAGCAGCUCCAGCAACAACCCUGACGACUACCGCAACAUGACGAUGACCUGGUCACAGUUUAACAGGGAAAGCUUGCCGGGGAGGAACUUCACAUUUUGGCAGUGGUUCGAUGGCGUGAUGGAACUCACAAAAAAGCAUCUCAAACCACACUGGAACGACGGAGCCAUAUUGGGCUUUGUGAACAAGCAGCAGGCUCAGGACAUGCUGAUGUCCAAACCCAACGGUACUUUCCUUCUGCGCUUUAGUGACUCUGAGAUUGGAGGAAUCACAAUCGCAUGGGUGGCAGAAAAUCCUAACAAAGCAGGUGAGAGAAUGGUGUGGAACCUCAUGCCCUACACAACCAAAGACUUCUCCAUUCGCUCUCUGGCUGACCGCAUCAGCGAUCUCAAUCACCUCCUGUUCCUCUACCCCGACAGACCCAAGGAUGAGGUUUUCUCCAAAUAUUACACCCCUCCACUCUCUAAAGCAGUGGACGGCUACGUGAAACCGCAAAUUAAACAAGUGGUGCCCGAGUUUACUACAACCAAUCCAGACCCAGCAAGUGGGAAUCCAACCUAUAUGGAUCACGGCGCCUCCCCAGCACCCAUCAAUCACCCUCACACCUACGGCAUAUACCCACCUAUGAGUGACUCUAUGUUGGACGCGGACGGGGAGUUCGACCUGGACGACACCAUGGACGUGGCGAGGCACGUAGAGGAGCUCCUCCGGCGGCCCGUAGAGAGCCAGUGGGGCGGCCAACAGUCCUGACCCUUGACCGUUUUAACCCGCGACAACACCAAACAAACCCUGCCUCCCAACUUGCCCCACUCGCAUUGACAUUUCUCAUGGUUUAAUUCCAUUCAUUUCUCUUUUUAUUUUCAGAUAGCUAUAAUGUGAAAUGUUAAUAAUGGUUGUGAUUUUUCUGUUCAGCAUGAGAGCAUGCAUGUCGGUGACUUCUCUUAGUUUUAUUUGUGUCCAUAAGUGUUUAGGUAUAAAGCAAAACCUACAAUGUUACAGUAUUGUGGAAAAAAAAAGGUGAUGCUCAUUCACAUUGUGCAUGCAUUUCCAAUUGAUUUUGAACAGAUUUAAAAGAAAAAAUGCUACUGUAUGAAGUCAUUUUAACAGUUGAAUGUUUCUAUUUUGAUAUUUUCUGCUUUGUAAAUGAGUUAUCAGUAUUUUGAUAGUGACAUUGAACUUGCCCUUUGACAAAAAAAUAAUCUUAUUGAAGAGUUUUGCUUUUGCUUUAACAACAUAACCAGAGUCAUUUUCUCUGCAGUUACAAGUCAGUUCUUUUGAAUCCACAUACACUAACCUAAAGGCAGAGUGACUCGCUUUGCUUUCUGCAACUGACACAUCAGCACGCGGUACACAAGUGUACGAUGUAUUUGUUCACCAGCUGCAACCCAGGAGGGCGCUUCAUGCACCUCACCUCGCUCUCACAGAGCUUCUGUUUGUACACAGACAUGCAAAUCUAAGCAUUUACCCAGCACUGCCUGCCUGCUUGUCCUCUCAGGUCCCUCUGUUUCCCCUCAUCAAUGCUACCUCGCAUCAUUCUACUGACAGUUCUGUUGUUGUUUCUGCACCACGUUCACACCAGUAGGUACGGCCGUUGGGUUGUGUUGUUGUGAUUUUGUGUUAUAUAUGUGUGAAGAAGAUCUCCUCGCCGUCCCCAACUCAUCUGAUGAAGUCUAGAGGCGUGACGUGUCACAUGUCUGGUCCUGAAUAUCCGGCUCCCUUUGGACUUUUCCGUCCACUUGUCCCCGUGUCAAGACAACAUGACCGCGCCAGCAGCUGAAGUUGCAAGUAGAUAAAUAGAUGCAGGCUUUGAAUGCUUGCACAGCCGCUGGGCCACAUAUAGAACUCAAGGAUGUAGUGUCAUGUUUGUCUGGCUUUUGUUUUUUGGUCAAUAUUAGUUUAUAAAAGAUAAAUAAGUCUACUAGAAAAUGUUGAGUCUAUUACCCCCACUCCCUCCUCUGACACACACAACGCUGAAUAGAAAAUGUGUCAACAGCCUUGCACCUCAGGAAUGAAUCGCUUAGCUUAGCUGAUGCAAAAGCCAAAUAGAAAACCAUCAAUGUAUACAAGAAUAUAUGAAUUUAUUUUCUCUAUCAUAAUUCUAUUUUAUUAUUGUUUCUCUGGCACUCCCCCUGUUGAAUGUACAACCCCUUUGCAUGACCCUGUCGAGGAUACAAAUACCUCCUCAGCCUGAGCAGAAACUUUCACCGGAAGCACCUGUUUGAAAAAAGGACACAGCAACUGGAAAAUCAGAAGAAUUUAUGAUGUACUUUUGUGUUUGUCCGACAGACUUUACAGUAUUAAACAUAUUCCCUCGUCUAUCUUUUCAUUUCUUCCUCAAACAUUUGUUUUGUACCUUGCUUUCUUUCCUGUUGUUUGACAUCUCGAGCAGUCUUGUGAUAUUAUCCUUUAUUACCAGUAUUCUCAUCAUUUUUACAGCUUUGUUCCACUGUAGACUGUGUAUUUUUAUUUUUUGAUGAUGAUGAUGAUGAUGAUGAUGAUGAUGUAGAUGGCGCUGUGUGCUGUUCGAUGUAUGUACCAUGUUUGUGGUUUGGGUUUAUCACUUGGAGGUUUUCCAAGAGAAACAGCUGUUGAGUUGAAAAGAGGAAAAUAAAGUUUUAUAAAUAAUUUUAACUGAACCUGUAGAAGUACAGAAGAUUUUGAUGUCACUACAAAAUAAAUGCUAUUUUUUGUUA